AUGAGACACCUGGGCGCACCUGAGAGACAGAGAUCUGUGUGUGUGUGUGUGUGUGUGUGUGUGUGUGUGUGUGUGUGUGUGUGUGUGUGUGUGUGUCAGUCCCAGCUCUGGAGGCAGAGCAGCAACAUGGCGGCUCACAGCAGCAGAGGCGCGAGCCUCCUCGGGACCCUGCUGAUCCGGUGCAGGACCCCUGGACCGGGUCAAACCCGGACCGGACCUGGACUACUCCGUUGUGCGUCCUACGUGUCUGCACCGCCGCCGCCACCGGGGACGUGGAGCUCCCAGCUGUCCCGCAUGUCGCAUCGGGAUCUGUACCGGCUCUCGGUCACGGAUCCGGAUCGGUUCUGGGGAUCCGCGGCGGUGGACAGACUCCGCUGGGUGGAACCGUUCCACCUGGUCCGGGACUGCGAUCUCCCCACCGGGAAGAUCAGCUGGUUCCUGGGAGGGAAACUCAACGUGUCCGUGAACUGUUUGGACGUCCACGUUGAGAAACACCCGGAGCGAGUGGCUCUGAUCUGGGAGCGAGACGAACCGGGCACCGAGGUCAACGUCACCUACAGAGAGCUGCUGGAGAUGACCUGCCGCCUCGCCAACACCCUGAAGAGCCAUGGGAUCCAGAAGGGGGACCGGGUCGCCAUUUACAUGCCGGUGUCGCCGCUGGCGGUGGCGGCCAUGUUGGCGUGUGCCCGUAUCGGAGCGGUGCACACCGUGGUGUUUGCUGGCUUCAGCUCGGAGGCUCUGGCCGGGAGGAUCCAGGACGCCCAGUGUAAAGCCGUGGUCACCUGUAACCAAGGCGUGCGCGGAGGCCGCCUCACCGAGCUGAAAGCCACAGUGGACGCGGCGGUGAAAGUGUGCCCGACGGUCCAACACGUGUUCGUGUCUCAGAGGACAGAAACGCCGGCUGUGAUUGGACGGCUGGACGUCCCGCUGGAGCAGGUGAUGUCCCGUCAGAGUCCCGUUUGUCCUGCGGAGCCUCUGGACAGUGAAGACCUCCUUUUCCUUCUCUACACAUCAGGAAGUACGGGGAAACCUAAAGGCAUCGUCCACACACAGGCCGGAUACCUGCUGUACUGCUCGCUCACACACCAGUACGUGUUUGACUACCGAGACGGCGAUGUGUUUGGCUGCGUGGCGGACGUGGGCUGGAUAACGGGUCACAGCUACGUGGUGUACGGCCCGCUGUGUAACGGCGCCACCAGCGUCCUGUUUGAGAGCACGCCGGUUUACCCCGACCCAGGCAGGUACUGGGAGACCGUGCAGCGUCUGAGGAUCACGCAGUUCUACGGCGCUCCAACGGCUCUGCGUCUGCUGCUGAAGUACGACGACAGCUGGGUGAAGAAGUACGACCGCUCGUCUCUGAGGACGCUCGCCUCAGUGGGAGAGCCCAUUAACCACGAGGCUUGGCACUGGUUCCACAGCGUGGUCGGAGACGGACGCUGUCCUCUAGUGGACACCUGGUGGCAGACAGAGACGGGUGGAGUCUGCAUCGCCCCCCGUCCUGCAGAGGAAGGAGCCGCCAUCGUCCCGGCGAUGGCCAUGAGGCCGUUCUUCGGCAUCCAGCCCCAACUCCUGGGAGACAAGGGUGAGCCUCUGUCCGGUAACGGUGUGAGCGGCGCUCUGUGUCUCAGCGGGCCAUGGCCCGGGAUGGCUCGCAGCAUCUUCGGAGACCACCAGAGGUUCAUUGAUGCCUACUUCAAACCCUACCCAGGUUAUUACUUCACCGGGGAUGGAGCGUUCCGGUCCGACGACGGUUUCUACCAAAUCACCGGCCGGAUGGAUGAUGUCAUCAACGUGAGCGGCCACCGGCUUGGCACAGCCGAAAUCGAAGACGCUCUGGAUGAACAUCCAGCUGUUCCAGAAUCAGCUGUGAUCGGAAUCCCACAUGACAUCAAAGGGGAAGGUGAGAGUUUCCCAUGAUGCUUUGCUGCCACCUGCUGCUCUGUUAGGGAAUAACAGGGGACCAAUCACAGAGCAGGAUAUAUCAUUACAUCAUCACAAACAAUUUACUCCAGUACUAUACUUCAGUCCAAAUGUUGACGUACUUUUGUGUCACUUUAG